GGGCCUGGGCCUGCACCGGACGCCGCCGAGGCCGCGACGCUGAGCGGCAGCUUCACCCGUGCGCGGCCCAUCUCCACGGUGGCGGUGUCCUGACGGGAAGCCUAAGUGGGAUGCGGCUGACGCGGAAGCGUCUCUGCUCGUUUCUCAUCGCCUUGUACUGCCUGUUCUCCCUCUACGCCGCCUACCACGUCUUCUUCGGGCGCCGCCGCCGGGCGCCGGCCGCGUCUUUACGGGCCCUCCGGAAGGGGGCCGUCCCGUCGCGGGAGAGGCGCGGACACCGAGAACAGUCUACUUUGAGAAGUGAAGAAUGGAAUCCUUGGGAAGCAGAUGAAAAAAGUGAGCAACAACACAGACUUAAAAGCAGCCUUCAGAUAUUAAAUAAGUCCACCAAAGGGAAAACAGACCUCCAUGUACAAAUCUGGGGCAAAGCUGCGAUUGGUUUGUAUCUGUGGGAGCAUAUUUUUGAAGGCUUACUCGAACCCACAGAUGUGACUGCUCAGUGGAGAGAAGGAAAUUCAGUUGUAGGAAGAACACAUUACAGCUUCAUCACUGGUCCAGCUGUGGUCCCCGGGUACUUCUCUGUUGAUGUGAAUAAUGUGGUACUCAUUUUAAAUGGAAGAGAAAAAGCAAAGGUCUUUUAUGCCACCAAGUGGUUACUUUAUGCACAAAAUUUAGUGCAAACUCAAAAACUCCAGCAUCUUGCUGUUGUUUUGCUUGGAAACGAACAUUGUAAUAAUGAAUGGAUAAACCAGUUCCUUAAAAGGAAUGGAGGCUUUGUGGAGCUGCUUUUUAUAGUAUACGACAGCCCCUGGAUUAACGACAUGGAUAUUUUUCAGUGGCCUUUAGGAGUAGCAACAUAUAGAAAUUUUCCAGUGGUGGAAGCGAGUUGGUCAAUGGUGUAUAAUGAAAGGCCAUACUUGUGUAAUUUCUUAGGAACCGUUUAUGAAAAUUCAUCCAGGCAAGCACUAAUGAACAUUUUGAAACAAAAUGGAAACGAUAAGCUUUGUUGGGUUUCAUCAAGAGAACGGUGGCAGCCUCAAGAAACAAAUGAAAGCCUUAAGAAUUAUCAAGAUGCUUUGCUUCAGAGCGACCUCACAUUGUGCCCAGCAGGAGUGAACACAGAGUGUUACAGAAUAUACGAGGCUUGCUCCUGCGGUUCCAUUCCUGUGGUGGAAGAUGUCAUGACAGCUGGCAGCUGUGGAAACACGUCUGCUCACCACAGUGCUCCUCUGCAGUUACUCAAGUCCAUGAACGCACCCUUUAUCUUUAUUAAAAACUGGAAGGAACUUCCUGCUAUUUUAGAAAAAGAGAAAACUGUAAGUUUAUCAGAAAAGAUUCAAAGAAGGAAAAGGUUACUUCAUUGGUAUCAGUACUUCAAAACAGAGCUAAAAAUGAGAUUUACUAAUAUUUUAGAAAGUUCAUUUUUAAGUAACAAUAAAGGUUCACUGUAAAUUA